GUAUCCUCAUUGCCUCUUUGGUACAUCCUCGUCACAGCUUUCUUCACUAUUUAAACACACACCGUUACACAACCCACACAGAUUCGAACUACACGCACAUAUUCUCAGACUUGUUCAAACACAAUUUGCAGAAGAUGAGCGCCAAGGCAGCAUCCGACGUUCCUAAGGAGCAAUGGGCACAGGUCGUGGAGCAGAAGGGCGGCCCCGUGGUCUACAAGAAGAUUCCCGUUGCCGAGCCCGGCCCCGAUGAGGUCCUCAUCAACAUCAAGUACAGCGGCGUCUGCCACACCGACCUUCACGCCAUGAACGGCGAUUGGCCCCUGCCCGUCAAGUUGCCCCUCGUCGGUGGGCACGAGGGUGCCGGUGUGGUAGUGGCCCGCGGCUCUCUCGUCAAGGAUAUCGAAAUCGGUGAUUACGCCGGUAUCAAGUGGCUUAAUGGCUCCUGCAUGAGCUGCGUCUACUGUCGCCAAUCCGCCGAGUCCGUCUGCCCCUCGCCCGCCCUUUCCGGAUACACCGUCGACGGAUCCUUCCAGCAGUACGCCAUCGGCAAGGCUGCCCACGUGGCGCGCAUUCCCAAGGACUGUGACCUCGCGGCCGUGGCCCCUAUUCUGUGCGCCGGCCUCACCGUGUACAAGGCUCUGAAGGAGAGCAACGCCAAGCCCGGUAUGCACGUCGCCAUUGUCGGAGCUGGAGGUGGUCUGGGCAGUUUCGCUCUGCAGUACGCCAAGGCCAUGGGUCUGCACACGAUUGCCAUUGACGGCGGCGAGGACAAGAAGCAGGUGUGUCUGGAGCUCGGUGCCACUACGUUCGUCGACUUCGCCACGUCCAAGAAUAUCGUCGCCGAUGUGAAGAAGGCGUCUGGCGAUGGGCUUGGUCCCGAUGCCGUUAUCUUGUUGGCCGUCAGCGAGAAGCCUUUCCAGCAGGCGAGCGAGUACGUCAGGAGUAAGGGCACGAUUGUCUGUGUUGGACUUCCCGGGAACGCCUUCAUCAAGGCACCCGUCUUCGACACGGUGGUUCGUGAAAUCGUCAUCAAGGGCAGCUACGUCGGAAACCGCCAAGACACCGCAGAGGCUAUUGACUUCUUCAGACGUGGACUAAUCAAGGCACCGUACAAGGUUGUCCCGCUAUCCACGCUGCAAGAUGUAUACGACCUCAUGAUCAAGGGCCAGAUUUCCGGUCGCUACAUCGUCGACACGGCCAACUAGAGGUGUCGCAUAAAAGUGUGUCGUCUGGUAACCAGUCUGACGAAUAGAGAGGGUUCAUUUCUGGGGGAGCGGAGCAUGCAUAUACGGGGGUGUUUUUGGGAGAUUUGGGCAUGGCUUGCCACGGGCAUUGGGUUGGGAUGGUACAACUCUUAGAGAAUCGCUAUUACGCUGAGAUAUCACUGGAAUUGAAGUUGCAUUGAAAUUCG